UAUUAAGUCACAGUUACAUUAAUGAUUAACGCGAAGUUUUUGAUUUCCCUAUUUUAAUAAUAAACUAUUAAAGUAUUAAGUCAAGUAUAUUACAUAUAUCAUAUAAUUAAGCAAAGAGUUCUUAAUUCUGGAAAGCUGUUAGUAAUCGGUUUAUUAAUUAACGAGUAUAAGUUAAUAAUGUUAGUCAUUGUUCAAUAAGCAACUAUUAACGAAACUUUUGCGCAGUUUAGUUUAUUAAUAUAAAUUACAACGCAAUGACAACGCUAAAUUCAAUGUUUAGAAUUGUAUUAAUAUGUUUCUCGAUUAUUUCGACUAUUAUUGGUGCUCAAGAUGUCUGCGUCAAAAAGGGGCCUUGCACUUGCGAGUAUUCCAAUGGGACCGGCAUAGAUUUGUCACCUGCGGUUAAGGCCACAUUUUACACCACUCAAACAUAUGAGUUAAGGAUGGCUGGUGCUGAGUACGCUCUUACUACAUAUUUCUUCCAUCCUUGCUUCGAUGUUACGCCAAGUGUAAACAGCACAAACCCCGGUGGUUGCAACAGCCCAUUAUCGUUAUGUAGGCAAACAACUCACUUCAACUAUAACGCAACAAUACAAGGUUUUUUAUCUGAUGGUGGCCUCUAUGAAAAAAUGGGAGAUACAAAUGGAUCAACCUUUAGUGCUGAUGGAAAAUCUAUUAUUUACUCAAAUAUUCCAUCAUCUACUAUAGUAAUGUUGGUGUGUGCUCAAUCAGAAGGGGAACUUAAUGUGUUUUCUCUUAUGGAUCCUAACAAAAUUGCACUAGCAUUCUAUUCAAGACACGCGUGUCUGAAAGUGAUUGAAGAAUCUGGAAGGUCUCUCGGUUCUACACUUCUUAUUGUCUUCUUCUCUUGUGUGAUUUUCUAUCUGGUCCUAGGAAUUUGUACUAAGAAAUUCCUGAUGGGAGCGACUGGAUUAGAAAUCAUACCAAAUCUAGCUUUUUGGAGUGAUCUACCUAAUCUUGUCAGAGAUGGCUGGGCAUUUGCUAUCAAUGGAUUCAAGCUGCCGACCAGUUCUGGUCCUGUGACGUCACCGGACCCUAACAGCUAUGAUAGCAUAUAACAGCAGGAUCUUCAAGGACUUCAGCUCCUCAUACAGUAAAGAACUUCUCAGAAUUGUGCUAUCUACGAAUAUUCGUUUAUUUUGGACCACUUUUGUAGCUCUGUUCUAGACUAAAGGUUUGAUUCAAUUUGGGUUUGUGGUUAUUUUUUUAAAGUCCCCAUUAGGGGGACAGAUAUUAUUUUGUUUGUAAAGAUUGGGUUUUCGUAGAUAGCACUCGAGUUUUCUAAAGACAAGUCUACAUACUUCUAAAUAUACUUGGGAGUUUAAAAGUCGAUUUAAUAUAAGAAUACGAUUCUAUAAGAUAUUUUGAAAUUCAAAAAUUC